AUGGGUUGCAGAGAUCCGACUACCGAAGAACCGUAUUCGGCUUUGGCUCAGCACGUUCGACACAGCUGGGAGGUGGCUUUGGCCUACAAUAAGGCCGCUUACAAGCUCCAAGGAGAGUUUGCGAGGCUGAACUUUCCCAAUCUUCGACAUCAAAUUAACGUCGGAGGAGAGUUUAGUGAUUAUGAGCCCUUGUAUUCCUCAGUGGAUGCGCUUCAGGCGAUUUGUCAAGGCCUAUCUACCUCGCAGAAAGAGGAGAAACUAGGGAAGCCUGCGUUUUAUUCCGAAAAGAAGGCGAACGGUGGUCAAUCGCAUUCACAAGCGCGUUCGCCAGUAGGCAAUGUAGAAUUUCUGGAAACGAAGGAUUGUAAGGUGGAGAGCGCACCAUCUUACUGUUCAUUGGGGUAA